AAUGCUUCAGAGCACUGAAUAUUGUUUUAUAGUCAUGAACAAAUCUCAGUCUGAAUCAGCAGAGGGAGGUGCACAGAAAUAGCAGUUUGGUCACAUGCCAUGCAUCUCUAUGUGCAGUCCAGUCAGUGACAUCUAAACCUAUUCAAUUAGUGGCAACAAAAUGCAGGACUCCUCCCAAACACGGCCUUUGCAUAGAAAGGAUGUUAAUGCUCACAAACGCUCACUUUCUCCACUCUCCCACUCGGUCUGCCAUUUUCCUUUUCCUUUCAAAGUGACUAAACAAAGAUACUUAUUCGCGCACACUUUGUUAGACACUACACAGAUGGAGGGGGCAGACCCAGGACCACCUCAUUAUGAGCUUAGCAGUGAUAAAUAAUUCCUUGCCUCAAACUGGGGCAUUAAAUACCUUCUCUGAGUUAUUUUUCAUACAUUACCUGAAAUAUACAGCACCGAUCCUCACAGCCAGUGACCCAUUUGAGGCGAUGAUAAAACUGAUGCCCAGGCCAAUUUACACCACAUGGGUUCUGACCUAGUUCCCAUGCCAACCUCAUUUAUAUCAAGAGCUGUUUUAACACUUUUUUUCCAUCACCCACCACAUGUUAUUUUUUUCUUGUGGCAGCCCAUGGACAAGAGGAAGUAGGCUCGUCCCCGGGGACGAGGUAAUGGGCUGUGGUGUCCAUGAGCAAGGCACCUAAUCCCCUAUUGUUCUGCAGGGGCAGAUAAGUGCUGCAGGACACUAUCACUAAUUAUAACACAUACAGUAUAAUGCCCUGAUUGUGUUGAUAAACUGUCUCAGUGAGACAUUUGAACUGCGUUUCAACCAAGUUUCAACAUCUGUGCAAUCCUGGAAAGUUUUAAAAUAUCAAUGGACCAACAAAUUGAAACGUAUGCUGUUGUAAGGACAUCGGUGUGAAUGCACUGGCUGCUGACAUAAACACGUGUCAGUCUGUCCAAACAGGUGUGUAUUUCAGGAGGGUUGAGGUUCGCCAAUUGGUUGCCAGGGAACCAAGUUUGGGUGUUGCUCAUGUUACACAGAUCUCUGUGCCUCCUGUCCUUUUCUUGUUCUCUCUGUGUCCCAGUCUGGACAUAUAUGUCCACUUGCCACUGUUGGAUGCUGUUUUGGGGACAUACCGAAGACAUUUUCUAUUGAAGACUUUCUUUUUGUCGUUGAUAACUCUAAACUCAAAUCACCAUCAUCUCCAGUCGUCUUUUGCCGGCGUCGGUGCUCUGUGGUUGUCAGGAUGCAGCAGUCAGUGAUGAAGGUGCUGUGCUCAGCACUGCUGCUUCUAGCAGCUGUGUUCUCUGUGUACUCUCAGACAGAUUGCUCUCAAGCUGAGUCAUGUGACCUAUGUGUCGGAGACUCCGUCCUCAACCUGACAGGCUGCGUAUGGAAGCUUUGCCCAGAUGAUAAUGACACAGGCCGGUGUGUGGUUGAUGAGGGCGACUCGGCCGACACGUCUGUGAACUGCAGCUGGACCAGAGUUUCUGAAUUGUGCUCAGUGGUAGAGACUGUAGCCGAGGGAGGAGGGGAAGGUGACUCAGGUGACAAGAGCAAGUCCUCCACAAACUUCUCCCAGGCCAAGUUUGACAUGUCCAGUUUCAUUGGCGGCAUCAUACUGGUGCUGUGUGUGCAGGCCGGCGGCUUCUUCGCCAUGCGCUUCCUCAAAUCCAAAGAGCAGAGCAACUAUGACCCCAUAGAGCAGCCACAGUGAAGUCAAGACAUGUGAAGGACAAGCAGAUGAGGACACAGGACGUCAGAGCAGUGACUCAUCGACUUUCUUUCUUCUUUUUUUUUUUUCUUUCAUGAGCCUCUGUCAGUUUUCUUUGCUUUAGUCCACACGUGUACACCUGCAGGUUAGCUGUGCUUUUUAAGAGGCUCUUGUUUGUGCGAGUGUAUGUAUAGCACCACAUUUAUAUUUCAUUUAUAGACACUGUGGGGAGUGGAAAUAAUGAGAGCAACAAUAAAAAAAAAGAGCGACUCUGAUUGUAUCACUGUAACACACAUCUGAACAACAAACAAAUUUAGCUAAGAGUCAGUUAGACAAACAACGAGCCGCUGGCUGUCGAGCCAUCGAGUGAGCUGUGUAAACAGGGCAGUUAUGGCAGAGACAGGAGGUCAAACUGGACUGAAGAACACUAAAAGUAAACAAAAUGAAACUGUAGAACUCACAUUUGUCAGUACCCUGUGUAUGUCAACAGUGUUUUUACUGAAAUUUAAGUGAAAUAAUGUGUAUCUUAAAGGUCCAGUGUGUAAGAUUUACGUGAAGCGGUUUUAAAAAUGUCAGAAAUUGAAUACGAUUUUGUUGUGCUGUCAUCUCGAUAUAUGAAUUGUUUACAUCACCACAGAAUGAACCCUCUUAUUUACAUCAGGAGCAUGUUCUCUCUAUGUUGGACCACCAUGUUUUUUGUGAGUUUUAGCACUGACUGAGGGCUACUGUAGGUUCUCCUACAUGUUUGGAGGCAAAGGCUGAGGUGAACUGUCCCUUUAACUUGUACUGAGUGAAAGUGUUUGUUUUGAGACCUUAGAGAUACAGUCUGUGAAGAUAUAAUGUUCGUUUAGUUACUUUAUAAUCUAUACACUUAUUAGAAGUAGCAGAUGUUGCACUCCACUGCUUUGUACUGUGUGUGUUUUGAGUUUUUUUGAAUUGUGAGGAGCUUGGAUCCUUUUUUUAUUGGUUGAUUUUGGUGGAGAUUUCAGUUUUGAUUUCAGCUUUAACCCUUUUGAACGUUCCAAUUUGAUGUAAUGGACCCCGUUUAAUCCCAUUAACACUGUCGCGUGGGUUGAUGAUGAGAUGCUUUUUUUGUGAUGCCAUGAGAAUGAAAUAGUCUAUAAACAGUACAGUAGAUGAAUAAAAAAAAAUACCGGUUUC